AUGGUAGUAGCAGUAGUUGUUGUUGUUGUUAUUGUUGUAGUUGUAGUUGUAGUAACAGAUAUGGUAGUAGUAGUAGUAGUAGUAGUAAUAGUGGUAGUGGUAGUAGUUGUUAUUAUUGUAGUUGUAGUUGUAGUAACAGAUAUGGUAGUAGGAGUAGUAGUAAUAGUGGUAGUGGUAGUAGUAGUUGUUGUUGUAGUUGUAGUUGUAGUAGCAGUAGUUGUUAUUGCUAUUGCAGUAACAGUAGUAGUAAUAGUAGUAGUAGUAGUAGUUGUUGUUGUUGUUAUUGUUGUUGUGGUAAUAGUAUUGGUUGCUGUUGUGCUAGUAGUAGUAAUGGUAGUAAUAGUAAUAACUGUUAUUGUUAUAGUAGUUGUUGUAAUUGUAGUUAUUGUGAUAAUAGCAGGUGUGGUAGUAGUAGCAGCAGUAAUAGUAGUAACGAUAGUAGCAAUAGUAGUUGUUGUCGUUGUUAUUGUAGCAGUGGUAAUGGUAGUAGCUGUAAUAAUACUGUAA